AUGGCAAUCAGCCCAGAGAACAUCGAGGAAUUGUUGCACCUCGUCCCGAAUCUGCUCGAAGAUGAGGGGUGGCAGAUCGGCCAUGAGUGUUCCGCUGGCAAGCUCUUGAAACAGCGUUGUCCAUGGGGUGGGCAUCUGGUGAGGUUGUCCUGCCAGAAUAUCCCCGUGAGCAACCUCGGGGAUAGGUCCAUCUUCGUGCGGCCCGAGGCUCGGAGUUGGCUCCUAGGCAACCGCCCCGAGCUGAACGAGGAGUGCUAUGAGGUCGUGAAGCAGCUUGGAGCUGGCGAGGCUUUGGUCAUGCGAGACGGGGAUGUAUACACACGCUUCUUCAAGCUGUGCAACGUUUUCUUCUCCUCGAAACAGAAGGACGGCGAGGAGGAUGCUACUAGCUUGGCUUUCCUGUUCCCCACGGGCAAGGACAUCGUGCACAACAUAGUUCGGCACAACUAUCCGGAGAUCGGCGACAGUGUCCUUUUGGGCCGAAGUCAUACCCGGAACUAUUUUGGCUUCGCUCAUGCCCGACGGCAAACGGAGCCGGGCCUCGUGUCGAUUUCCUUGACGCUGACUGCGCCCACCGUUGCUGACUGGGUUUCGGUGCCUUUCCAAAGCGUGAUCACCUCGGCAAGGGCCUUGUUUGACUGGUACGUCAAUCGCCCCGGCAUGGAGGAGAUGCGGCGAUUGGAUCAGCAGUUCUAUGUGGUCCUUGCCAUACACAGCUGGCCAAGGGGCCGACCAUUUCUGCCAGUUUUAGAGCCGAGCACCGAGGACGUGACGGAAGUGACGACCAUCGACGCAGGCCGAAGACAAGGGCUGGCAUUCUGGGUCCGCUACCAUCCCCGCAUGGUUGGAAGCAGCAACUUCCUUCUCUCGGAGUAUUUGAUGCUCUUCUUGGAAAAACUUGGUGAGCACGUAGACGUAUACCAGUCGUUGGAGGGCCAGGCGUUGCAGCACUACCAGUGUGUAGUUCCAGACCAUGAGUGGCAGCGCGUGAAGGAUCGCUUCUACAGAGCUUACACGCUGCAGAAGUCGGCAUAUCGCCGUGCGAAUGGGGGUCAAUCGGCACCAGGCAUGAGUGAGCAUGCGGAGCCCCGCUUUCGCACAGACCAGGGCCUCUGCCUGCAACGCCUGUACAGGCCGGUGCCCACGACCCCACGAUCCCCGGCCCUGGUGGUUCACAACACAUUCCUGGAGCUGGAGGAGCCGGAAGAGCCGGAGGAACCGGAGGAAUUGGGAACUGGUGCGUUCAAGAGAACUAGGUCGAUGUCGGCCUCACCACGCUCCUUUCACAGCAAGCUGAUCCUGGCAACCUAG